AAAGCCACAUGGAGUAGGAUAAGGCACCUCCAAGGCACUGAGGAUAAAUGCACAUGCCCACACUGAUGUCGAUAUCUGGACUGCACUGAACUUUUUUCCUUCUCUUGUUUUGGGUGGAUGUCUUUUGAUGCAUGAAUAAUCUCUUAUUGGUGGAUUACUAGCAAUUUUUUUCAUCAUGUUGCUCCGGUUGUUCCAGGAGAAUUCCAGCUUCGGUUACACCCAAGUAAAAUGGAGGAUAGUUUUGAUUGUGACUGUGGCGAGCUUGAGCCACCUGAUCACUGAGUGAGCGUUUAUUCUGAAGACUUAAAUAGGCCAGACGCAUUUCAUUUUUAUAUAUAUAUAUUAUAUAUAUAUAUCAGGAGACUCGACCAGAUAAAAUAAUCGUAAUAAAGGAAGAAAAAUUGUGCUUUUCUCAUGAAGCUGCUCAGGACCAGUCAUACACUGAAUGUAACUGCACUGUGAGGAUGCAACUACAGGCUUUUAUAGUUUAAUAUAAUCCCCAGUGCUAUUUUAGUUCUGAUUUUCCUUUUCCAAUUGGCCUCAAAGUCCAUUCCAUUUUAGUCUAUAAGUUAUAGAGCUGAUCAGAUAAAGAUAUCCUCAUACCAAAAGGAUUGGAGAAGGAAUUUCUGUUUUUUUAUUAUUAUUAUUAUUAUCGCCACCAUUAAUAAACAUGGCAAGAAAAUAUGAUUAUAUAAAGUCCGAUUUCUGAGAGUAACGGCUAGCCAGGGGGGACUUGGUAGUCGUCUGUACAGGGGUAACAGGGUUCAGCCUCUGGAGUGUAGGGGGGGAUUCUCUGAUAGUCCCUCUGGUGGGCUCGGGCUAGGAGCAGGUCAGAGCGUAGGCAGCAGCCACAGCCUCACAGCAGUCGUCAUGGCGGAGAAGUUCGAGUCCCUGAUGAACAUCCACGGCUUCGACCUGGGCUCCCGCUACAUGGACCUGAAGCCUCUGGGCUACGGGGGGAACGGCCUGGUGUUCUCGGCGGUGGACACCGACUGCGACAAGCGCGUGGCGGUGAAGAAAAUCAUCCUGACCGACCCCCAGAGCGUGAAGCACGCCCUGCGGGAGAUCAAGAUCAUCAGAAGACUGGAUCACGACAACAUCGUCAAGGUGUCUGAGACGUUAGGCCCCUGCGGUCGCAGCCUAAUGGAGGACGUGGCGUCCCUCACAGAAGUCAACUCGGUCUACAUCGUGCAGGAGUACAUGGAGACGGACCUUUGUCAGCUGCUGGAGAGGGGCCCCAUGUCCGAGGGCCAUGCCCGGCUCUUCAUGUACCAGCUCCUAAGGGGCCUUAAGUACAUCCACUCGGCCAACGUGCUUCACCGUGACCUCAAGCCUGCCAACCUGUUUGUCAACACGGAGGACCUGGUGCUGAAGAUCGGGGACUUCGGGUUGGCCCGCAUCAUGGAUCCUCACUACUCUCACAAGGGCCACCUCUCGGAAGGUCUCGUCACAAAGUGGUACCGGUCGCCUCGCCUGCUGCUCUCUCCCAACAACUACACCAAAGCCAUCGACCUGUGGGCCGCGGGCUGCAUCUUCUCCGAGAUGCUGACGGGGAAAACCCUCUUUGCAGGAGCCCACGAGCUGGAGCAGAUGCAGCUGAUCCUGGAGUCCAUUCCCGUGCUGCGAGAGGAGGACCGCCAGGAGCUGCACAGCGUCAUCCCCGUCUUCCUGCGCAGCGACAUGUCGACGCCUCACACGCCGCUGGCCAAGCUGAUGCCCGGCGUCAGCCCACAGGCCCUCGAUUUCCUGGAGAAGAUCCUCACCUUCAACCCCAUGGAUCGUCUCACUGCCGAGGAGGCGCUGGCCCACCCCUAUAUGGCCGACUACUCCUUCCCCCUGGAUGAGCCGGUCUCUCUGCACCCCUUUCACAUUGAAGACGAAGUAGAUGACAUCCUUCUCAUGGACCAGAGCCACAGCCACACCUGGGACAGGUACCAUGAGAGCCAGUUCUCUGAGACCGACUGGCAGUUGCACAGCAACCACGACCCGGAUGAGGUUCAGGUCGACCCGAGGGGACUCUCUGACGUCACGGACGAGGAGGAGGUCCAGGUCGAUCCUCGGAAAUACGCCGACGGAGACCGGGAGAAGUUCCGGGACGAGCCGUCCUCCUUCGACUACUCGGCGCUGCUCCCCUCGGAGCAGGAGGACCACCACGAGAACAAGUACUGCGACGUCCAGUGCGGCCACACCUGCAACUACAAGGCCGUGUCGCCCUCCUACCUGGACAACCUGAUCUGGAGGGACAGCGAGGUGAACCACUACCACGAGCCCAAGCUCAUCAUCGACCUGUCCAACUGGAAGGAGCAGCAGAGCAAGGAGAAGGCCGACCGCAAGGCCAAGAGCAAGUGCGAGAAGAACGGCCUCAUGAAGGCCCAGAUCGCGCUGAAGGAGGCCGAGAAGAUCAUGGGCCCCGCCGAGAAGAUCAUGGGUCCCGCGGAGAAGGACAGCGAGCAGGAGAAACACCGGGCGGAGCGGCAGCAGAACCAGGGCUUCGACUUCGACUCCUUCAUCGCCAGCACCAUCAAGCUGAGCCUGCAGCCGGAGCCCUGCCAGGAGGUGGCGCUACUCAGCGAGGUGGGCCUCCUCAACGAGCUCAACUUCUCCGUCUCCCAGCUGGAGGCGCCGCGCUCCGCCUCCAUGUCCAAGACCAUCAGUCAGGAGAAGGAGGAGAAGUGCCUGGUGAACCUGGCCCAGCUGGGCGGCGGGGGGCUGGGGGUGGUGGCCGGGGACCGCGUCUGGCCCGCCGAGCCCUGGGAGGGCUUCGGCGACGCCGACAGCGGCUGCUUGAUAGACGAGGCGUGCUGGGACAUCCGCAAGGCCGACCACCUCCAGAAGGAGAGCUCCUACACCAGCUACCUGGACCGCUUCUUCAGCCGCAAAGACGACGGGGGCGGCGAGACCCCGUCGGAGGCGGAGCCCCCGGUGGUCAGAGAGCUGGACGACGGCUUCCUGGACAGUAACUCUGAGAUCGUGCUCAAUAUGCAGCUGGACUCUCUGGCCUUGCCCGUGUUUGACGGCCCCGACGACUUGCCUCUAAAAUCCAUCCAGGCCUCCCUCUCGCCCUGCCCCGUCAAGUGCUCGCCCCAGAUCGCCCACAAGACCUACAGCAGCAUCUUCAAGCAUCUCAAUUAGAGGAGGACCCGCAUCUCCCCCCCCGCAGGGCCAGCCCAGGCCCUUCUCUUUCUACUUUUUAUUUUAAUACGGUGUCAUUGUACUUGAAUCAUUUCAUAACGUUUGUUUUUUUUUUAUUUUUUUUUGUCUAGUUUUUAUUAUUUUGUGGCGCUGAGGGGGUGAUUUAUUACAUUUGAAGAGUUUCAUCAUCACUCUGAGCCUUGAUGACUGGGCCUUCCCGGGUCAAAGUCUACGCCCUCGUUGCUAAACUGGCAUGUCGUUGCACAUGUAAGUACUGUAGGUGGAAGGAAGGGAGGGAGGAGAGAAGUGAAGAAGUGGGAGGAAAGGAGGCUUUGAAGGAAAGACCAGCCGCGGGCUUCAGGCGGCCUGUCCUGGUUGGGCUGCGUAGAUCAGGGGGGAAAGGAAAGCAGGUCGGGUGGGUUAUCCUUUUUUUGUUUUUAUUUUUCUGUUUUUGAGUUGAACGUGUUUCCCUGACAUGAAACCUUCCUUAACAAUCCUUUCAUACUGUAAAUCUGACACAUGAUGCCAGCAAGCAACCAUUAUCGUAGGCGUUUUAAAAUGUAACCGCGUUAUCUACCUCAAGGUAACAGCAGUGAGAAGACACUCGGAGCCACACUAGUGCUUUACACACAUGACCAUCCUCAUACCAGGAAACGAAGCGCUCGCCAAGAUGAACGCUGUCUCACUUCGGCAGUUCGCACAGUGAGGUGUUUCAGUGGUCACUAUUUAUUUCUAGCAGACGUGCGAUAUUUAUUUUAUGAAACUUUGUUAUGUCAAAUGUGAUUCUUGAAGGUUUGAAGAGCCGAGCAAGACUUCCAUUUUCAUUUCGGCACUAUAAGGAUGUGCAAGUGUUGCUUUUUUUUUGUUUUCUAACGUAGGAUGCAAAUUCACGUGUUUCUGUUCCAAGAGAAGUUUCCUUUUUGUUUUUUAUUUCCCCCCCCCCUACCAUCUAUUCUUCUGGGUAUCGUUCUUGUUUUGUUUGUUUUUUUACAUAUUGGUGCAUUCUGUCUUUUGUGGAAAAAACAAACAAACUCCUGUAUCAUUUUGAAGAAGCGCCUAAAAGUCUUACUAUUUUUAUUUUUAAAGAAGAAAAUCUAAGUGUUAAAAAAAAAAAACAUGGAGACAACAGAGAGGUACAUUAAAAGCGAAGCCAACGGUGGGUAUAAAGUGCGUCAGUUUUAACUGUAUGUUCUGUUUGGGUUUUGUUAAAUUUUUAUGUACUUUUUUUUCCAGGCAAAGCAUGACGAAUUAGGUUACGGUGUAGCAUGUAGAACAUUUACGGGCUUUUUUUGUAAUUAUCGGUUCCCCUGUUCUACAAAAUAUCUCAAAAAUAAAAAUUACCGGCAAC